AGCUACAGGGGACCAUGGCCUCACCACUGAUAAAGGCAUGGACAUAAUCACUGUCAAGAAGCACAUCAUUGGCCGAGAGGUGCUUGACUCUUACACACUCAUCGUGCAUGGCGAAGGCUGGUUCGGCACUCCAGGUGGAAACACAGGAACAGGAACGGUGAAGAUUGAGGUGCGAGACCUCAACAACGACGUUCACACUCAGGACAAGGACACGUACUCUGGAGGUGAGCAUCGAGAGACGGGGGAAAAGGUGUUGAUGAGACUCAAAGCACUCGAUGUGGAUCUCCUGAAAAGCGAUAACUGGCUGGCUGUAUUCCACAUCAUGGCUGGAAAGCAGGGCGAUAUCUUCACUGUCGAAACUGAUCCCCUGACCAAUGAGGACAUUUUGAGGAUGAUGAAGCCAGCUCAGCCAAAGACCCCACUCCAGGAGGAGGAGAAGGAGUUGCAGAUCCAGACACAGGAGGGUGGGGAUUUGGGGCCGGGUGGGGAACGGCAGGUGAUGGUGGACAGGGAGGAGGUGGAGGACAAGCCUCCUGAUUCAGGUAACCCUCCAAAACCUGGUGGAGCUGGAGAUAAACCAGAAUCGGGAACAAAACCAGGAGACAAACCUUCUCAAGGAGGUCCAUCUAAGAAGCCAGGAGGUAACCAGAUGAAUCCUGGUGAACCAGUGUUCCAUCCCAAGGUGAAGGAGGUAGCCGUGUCAGGGAACCCAGACAAGACAAAAGUGCACAUGUUCAUCACCAGCUACCCGGCCACUGAUGGAGACACGGAAGACCUGGCAGAAAACGUAAGAUAUGCAGUAGAAGAUGAUCUUGAUGACUGGCUCAUCAUUGACGAGACCACAGCGGAGAUUAAACUCAACAAGCUGCCAGAUCCAGAGUCUCCAUUUGUGAUGUUCCAAGUAAAACCGUCACUGGAACUAUAG